CGCAAUGACCUCUUCCAUUCCCCACUUGCAACGGUUGUACUGGGUCCACGAUGUCGGGUGUAACGUGGCACUAUGUUCUCAAAUUCAUAAUAACAGGGGAUGCGGCGGUGGGCAAGUCUUCACUGCUCGUCCGUCUCACGGACCAACGCUUUCUCUCCAACCCGGACCCAACUCUAGGAGUGGAAUUUGGAGCAAAGUUAAUUGAGAUACCCGAAGAGGGCAAGAUCAUCAAACUGCAGUGCUGGGACACUGCUGGAACGGAGUCCUUCAGAUCCAUCACGCGUUCGUACUAUCGUGGCGCCGCGGGUUGUCUGUUGGUGUACGAUGUGACCAACCGUGCAAGUUUUCUCGACGCACGGUCGUGGCUAGCCGACGUGCGAGAACAUGCAGACCCACACCUGACUUGUAUUCUUGUGGGGAAUAAAGUGGAUCUGUGCGACGGCGGGACCGAGGAAAGUGCCAACCAUAAACGCAGGGAGGUUCCGACGGCGGAGGCUGAGCGGUGGGCAAAGGAAGAAGGAUUACUAUUUGUAGAGGCAAGCGCUAAAUCGGGUCGGAACGUAGACUGGGCAUUUGAACAAGCAGCGCGUGAUAUCCUGGACAAGAUAAAACGGGGCGUGUUUGACGAUAAUAGGUCACCCGGAGUGAAGCUUUCGAAGCCUUCCGACGGCAAUACAGGGAUAGGUAAGGGUGGCACGAGGAAACAAGGAUGCUGCUCGUGAGGAUCAUAUCGCCGCACAUAUUAUAUUCAUCAUUAUACAUAGCAAGACCUUGUACGAUAGAGUGGACGACGGACUAGGAAUAGUUAUGGUUAUUGCUAUUGCCGCAUAGCUGCGCAGCAUUAUUACGAGUGCAGUAAACCCCCUAUAGCAUAAAUAUGGAUCGUGAGGGGUAUAAAGUGGAGGAUACA